GUGCGUCUUUUUUCAACAUGGCGGCGCCCUGCACGGUGGAUGAUGAUGUCCACGAAUCCACUCACAUUCUGUCACAGUCGUCUGCUACCGAGGAGAAGCGACCUCAGUUCGGUACUCGUUUUCUUAAGGACCCCCGACAGGUCUUCCAGCACAACGCUUGGGACAACGUGGAGUGGACCGAGGAGCAAGAAGCAGCUGCAAAGAGUAAAGUACGAGAGAAUAGUCAGCCAUUGCCUCCGGAGAAACAAGAGGACUUUGACAAUCGGGCCAACGAGUACUGGAAUGACUUCUACACCAUCCACGAGAACCGCUUCUUCAAAGACCGCCACUGGCUCUUCACCGAAUUCCCCGAGUUGGCACCGGCAUGCCUCCACGACCAACGUCCCCGUCCCGAUGGCUCGGAAAACCAUCACAGUCUCCAGUCCAGUUUGGAUCCAAGUGGAGAUGUUGCCACCUUGAAUCCGACUGACUUCCCGGGUUCUUUAGCCACGUAUCGUAUUCUCGAGGUCGGUUGCGGUGUUGGCAACACGGUUUUUCCCAUCCUGAAGACCAACAACGACCCAGGACUUUUUGUUUACUGCUGCGAUUUCUCCAGCACUGCCGUGGAGCUCGUCAAGGCUAACCCGGAAUACGACGCUGAACGCUGCUUCGCCUUCGUAUCUGACUUGAGCGAUGACGACGCUGUUUACCCCAUGCCGGACGGGAGCCUUGACGUGGUGGUGCUCAUCUUCGUGCUGUCGGCGUUGCACCCCGACAAGAUGAAGGCUUCUGUGAGCAGAUUGGCACGGUUGCUUAAGCCUGGCGGGGUGAUGAUGCUGCGGGACUACGGACGCUACGAUAUGGCACAGCUCCGCUUUAAGAAAGGAAGGUGUCUGUCAGAUAACUUUUACGUCCGUGGUGAUGGAACCAGAGUGUACUUCUUUACACAAGACGAGCUGCAUGACAUAUUCGCCGAGGCCGGGCUGGAGAAGAUGCAGAACCUGGUGGAUCGGAGGCUUCAGGUGAACAGGGGCAAGCAGCUCACCAUGUACAGGGUGUGGAUCCAGUGCAAGUACAGGCGGAAACUCGAGGAGGAAACCAGCUCCACUUGAUACAGAACCAUUGUUGCAUUAACUGCCAUCGUGUGUUGCUCUUUGUUAUAUAAUUUUCUAAAAGUGAGUCUAUUCAUCUGGAUGCUGUUUUUUAAGCAAUAUUUUGGAAUAUCAUGGCCUAAUUUGAACCUUUUGUACAUGUAAAAUGAAUAAACAUGUUAUUAUUUUUGUCAAA